UCUGAUGAUUCUAAUUACUGGCUUGUUUUUUGGGGAUAUAAUUUUUCUCUGUUUUUAUUUAUUGAUUUAUCUAUUUAUUUUGUUAUAUAUAUAUUAUCUUUUUUUCUUUUCCUUUGUUCAAUUUCCCAAAAUACAAAAUGAUGGCAUUGUUUGCUGAACUUAGUUAGUGCUUGCUAGCAAAGUGGUGAGAUGCAUAGAAAGGUUACUUAUACACACAAUGAUGAGAGAUCUUUCUGAAUAUCGUCUUGGAAAUUAGAAUGCUUUCAUUGUAAUGAUUUAUUAAGUUAGCUAAUAGUCUUAAAGCACACAGUAUUGUAGGCUUCUUAAUGUCUGACAGUCGUGCUAUUCAGAUAUUUUGGCUUUAGUACUUGGGCAUUUGCUGCUCAUACUCUGGAGAUUUUUCUGCCAAAGGUGUCAUAAGGCAACUGUACAAACCUAGUGAAUUUUUACCUGUUUUAUUAUCAUAAUUAUAAACCACAAAACCACUCCCAGUUAAAUCUGACUAGCGAGUGUGGGGUGGAAGAAAUUCUUGUACGUAGCCUUAGCCUUGCAUAAUUGUAAAGAGGCUGUUUCCUAGAUUCGAACCUAUGACCUUUCAGUCAUGAAUGAACAGUUUUACUACUGCUCCGGUUCGCCCCCUUUAAAGUUCAUCAGUUUCAUUAUCACAAUUGCAAAUAGUAAAAGUUCAUCAUCAGCUUUAUGAACAUCUCAUAUUCAUAUUGGUUACUGAAGGCUAUAAAAGACAUGGGAGUAGGGACAGUUUGUAUUGGAUUAUGUGGUAUGAUUUAAUUGUUGAUGUACUUUUCACUAUCCUUCUUCCAUUGUUGUUGUCUUUUUUUUACCUAUAUUUGAUAUAUCUUGUUUACUUGAUUAUACUUCCAGAGGGGGGAAUAGGAAGAUGAUGGCAGCACAGUAGAGUAGUGGUCUCAAGUACCAAUGCCCUCAAUAAGCCGAGUCACACAUCUAAUAUACUAGAAGACUGAAUUAGGGUUUGAUUUCUGAGCUUGAAAUUAAGUUAUUGUUUUUCUUUUUCAAAAUGACUGCAGUUUGGACCUGAGAAACAACAAUUGGUUAGAUUGUCGUCUUGAAUCUCACUGUUAUUACCACCCUUCCCUUGUGAGUUAGUCAAUUAUAUUGUAAUAACCAAGGCUCUAACCAUGGAUACUGUCAAGAAAGAUGAACCCCAAGAUCAGAAGCAUGAUGAACUCGCUGAAUCGCUCAAUGACCUCUUCGGCAGUGUUUCCACCAUGAUCAAGUCAGAGCUUCAGGGGACUAAUAAUCAUCUCGAGCUGUUGGAGAAGAUGAAUGUGAGGGUAGCAGAAGAGUACAAAGGGUUUGGUGAUUUGGCUUCAGGGUUGAGGGUUUUUGUGGAGCAGUUGAAAUGCAAGAGUGGUAGCUUUAAUGAGUAUGUUGAGCAGAUUGAUGCCAUAGAGAAGCAAGUGACUGAAUUUGAAGCUGUGGUCUCUAUGCUUGAUAAAUAUGUAGCUUUGUUGGAAUCCAGAGUGCAAUCUGUGUACCAAACCAAAAUUCCACCUUCCUAAUUGACAAUAAUGUACAAAUUUUGCUUUUCAUUAUAAACAUUUACCUCUUUUCUCUGUCUCAAGUGAAUGAAUUGGUGAAGUUCAACAAUUGUUGUUUGCCUAUACAGAUAGUGUAUU